AGUGUGACGUUGAUGGCAUCUCCAAAAAACUAAGUAGACUGUGGCCGCACCACAGUGGUCCAAAGUUUACGUCGCGGUUAGAAUCACCUAACCUUUAAAUACUCAAAACAGUUAACCUGCCCGUUUAUUAUUAAAAUAGCAAUGAAUAUCUCACGAUCAUUAUUGAGAUGCGUAAAAACCGUCAGUGAUUUAAAAUACUCCACCAACAUUCAAAAGUCGUGUCAGGAAAUAAUUAUACCAGUACCAUGGGGGCACAUAGCGGGAAAAUGGUGGGGCCCCACAGAUAAGCGGCCGAUUCUCUCGAUACAUGGAUGGCAGGAUAACUGUGGUACUUUCAAUCGAUUGAUACCAUUAUUGACAAACGAUGUGGGCUUCCUGACAAUCGAUUUACCAGGGCAUGGACUCUCUUCGAAGCUACCACAUGGAAUGUACUAUUUUUCUGUUGGAUAUAUUACACUCAUAGAGACCUUAAGACGUUAUUUAGGCUGGGAUAAAAUUUCACUAAUGGGACAUUCACUUGGUGGUGUAUUAUCGUAUACUUACGGAAUGAUAUACCCAAAUAUCGUGGAUUUCGCAAUCUGCCUGGAUGCCGCCAAACCGAUGAUCCGCCGACAAAACAACGUGCACAUGGCUAAAGCAAUAGACAACUUCCUGAGAUUCUCCCAGUACGAAAUGAGCAAUGAGGAACCACCCAGCUACACAAUAGACGAGAUUAAGAAGAAAAUAUGUGCUCCUAACAAAGACUCUGUUCACUAUGAGCACAGUCACCAUAUUAUGGAGAGGAUGAUUGCACCGUCCAAGAAGAAUCCCGGCAAAUUUUAUUUUACCAGAGAUAACAGAUUGAAGGCGGGUGGGCUGGUUAAUUUUCCACAGAAUGAGAUUCUAGAAUAUACUGAAACUAUGAAAUUUCCAAUAUUCAUUGGCAAGGCCACUAAGUCAUCAUAUUACGAAAUUAAGGAAAACUUCUACGAAGUAUUGGCUGUGUUGAAAAGGUCCAGCAAGGAUUGCAGUUUCCACUACAUUGAAGGAACACAUCACUAUCAUUUGAACAAUCCUGAAUCUGUCUCCGAUUUAUUAAAUGAAUUUAUUAAAAAACAUAACGUUGAAGACAGAAGUAUAGGGGGCAUUAAAAAAGAAAUGAUUGUCGAUGUCGAAGACAAACGACGAGCAAUUUGCAGUUUAUAAUUUAUAAACAUUAGACAUUUAGUUUAUUUAUUUCACAUAAUGUUGACAAUUUCAGAGGAAUGUUUGUAUGCUGGUCAUACAUAUUUUAUGUCAUUAAAUCGAUAUUUCUGGAUGAUAUUUGACGAUGUGUAUGUUGAAUAAAUUAUAUUUUAAUUAAA